GGACUCACAUAUAGUCCAACGUAUAUAACUACAAAAUUACCCUCAUAAACCCUAGACCCUGUAAUUGCUCUGAUCUGAUUAGCUAAAAAACUCGAUGGAAUGGCCACUUUUAAGUGAAAUUCUUUCUCUCAAGCACUGAGAACGAGGAAUUUUGUUCUUUGAAUCAAUGGCUUAUGUGCGGAGUCUGUCAACAAGAGCAAACAUUGUAAGAAGAAGAUAUAAUGCUUCGUUUAGUUACAUUCUCCACGACGAUGAUCGCAAACGUAAUUCUAUUGAAGAGGGUCCUUCUUCAAAAGGAAUGAGUAAUUUGUUUCAGCAGAGGUCAUUUGGAAGCAGCAGAAAAAGAUUUGAUAAUAAUUUGGCUGUAUUUGGUUUCUUUCAUAAUAGAAGAUGUUUGGAUUUAUCUCUUUCGCCAAGCAUUGGGGUGUCUUUUUGUCGGGAUAUGUCAACUAUUGGUGGAGGGUCAGAAAACAUUGAGCUGAUAAAUGAUGUUGCUGAUGUUCUCACAGACACGACUAUUGAGGCCGUGUCUGCUCAGGCUCCUGUGGUGAAUGAGGUUGCCAUUGCUGCUGCUGAUUCUUACUUUCCUGUUGCGGCUCUCCAGCAUGUUAUUGAUGCAGUGCAUUCUUUCACUGGUUUCAACUGGUGGGCUUCCAUAAUUGUAACAACUCUUCUGAUUAGAGGGGCAACCGUUCCUCUUUUAAUUAAUCAACUGAAAGCCACUACAAAACUCACUCUCAUGAGGCCACAUUUGGAAGAGAUAAGGCAACAGAUGUCUGAUAAGGCUAUGGACCCCAUGGCUUUAGCUGAAGGCCAAAAACAAAUGAAGAAGCUUUUCAAAGAAUAUGGUGUGAGUCCUCUUACUCCAUUGAAGGGGCUCUUUAUUCAAGGUCCUAUCUUCGUCAGUUUUUUCCUUGCGAUCUCAAACAUGACAGAGAAAGUACCAUCUUUUAAAAGUGGUGGUGCAUACUGGUUUCUUGAUCUGACGACUCCAGAUAGUUUAUACAUCUUGCCGAUUCUGACGGGUUUGACCUUCUGGAUAACAGUGGAGUGCAACAUGCAAGAAGGUCUGGAAGGAAAUCCCAUUGCUGGCACCAUGAAAAAAGUUUCACGGGUCUUUGCGGUUGCUUCAGUUCCACUGACUAUGGGUUUCCCUAAUGCCAUAUUUUGUUAUUGGGUCACAUCCAACUUAUUCUCACUCUUUUACGGCUUAGCGCUUAAAGCCCCGGGGGUAAAGAAGUUCUUAGGUCUUCCUGAAAUACCUGUGGCACCAGCAAGUACUACUCCACCCUCUUCCUUCGAUCUGCUUGAGGCACUCAAACAACAAGUGGCAGCAAGACAGGAACCUGCCUCCCCAUUACCUGCUGAACCAUCAUCAAAGCCUGGUGUCCAAAGAAUAUCACCGGCGUCAGUUCUUAGCCAGAGGCUUAGAAGUCUAGAGAAACAAGUAAAGGGAAGGAAGAAAAACAACAAGAGGUGAGAGUUCAUUCAAUUUAGUAGCCAAACCAUCACGGCUAUUGCUAUUAUAACGACCGUACUCUGUAACAAUGAAUGAAUGGAGGCACGCGAAUUAUUUAACAGGCAAAAGAAGAGUGCAAUUUUUGACUGCUAGUAUUUUUUUCCUUGUCGAGUUCAGAAUAUUGGUAUGUGAAGUUGGGGUUCCGGCACAUGUAAUAAAUGUCUUAGUACUGGGUUUCAUGGACUGUAACGAAGAGAAAAGACAGAAUAGCUCCUUUUGGAUGAAGCUUUUUGUAUGCUUGAAAAGUGAAUCAUGCUACAGUACAGAUUCUUGGUUAUUAUAGUUAAAACCAUGUUUGGUCGA